AUGGCUGAAAGAAGAUUAUUUAAAGAGUAUUCUCAAUAUCAAAAGCAACCACCUCAAUUAAAUAACUCACAAAUAAUCUCAUUAAAACCUUUAAAUCCAGAUUCAAAUAUUUUUCAAUGGGAAGCAACUAUUGCCAAACCAACUAAAUCAGAUUCAGAAUAUUAUUAUGGUGGACAAUGGAAAUUAUCAAUAAAUGUAAAUGAAAAUUAUCCAAGAGAACCACCAUCUAUAAAAUUUAUAACACCAAUAAUACAUCCAAAUAUAAAUUCAAACACUGGUGAAAUUUGUUUAGAUAUUUUAAAAGAAAAUUGGUCACCAGCUUGGAAUUUAGAAAAUUUAGUAGUUGCUAUAUUAAUGUUAUUAGAUCAACCAGAACCUGAUUCUCCUUUAAAUUUAGAUGCUGCUAAUUUAUAUAGAUAUGAUGUAGUUGGAUUUGAAAGUUUGGUACAAUUUUAUAUUUGGAAGAAUAAUAAUUUUUUUAAUGUUAAUGUUACUCCAACAUCAGUUGAUAAAUCAAAUAAAUUGAUCAGAGAUAUAAGUGGUAUCAAGAGAAUACUUGUUUAA